AUGAAUAAUCUUUCAUUUAGUGAGCUAUGUUGCCUCUGCUGCUGUCCACCUUGUCCAGGGAAAAUUGCUUCAAAAUUAGCAUUUUUGCCACCUGACCCAACUUACACACUGAUGUGUGAUGAAAGUGGAAGCCGCUGGACGUUACGCCUAUCAGAACGAGCAGACUGGCAAUAUUCUUCCAGAGAAAAAGAUGCUAUUGAGUGUUUCACGACUAGAACCAGUAAAGGCAACAGAAUUGCCUGCAUGUUUGUGCGUUGCUCACCCAAUGCCAAAUACACUUCACUCUUUUCACACGGAAAUGCUGUUGAUCUUGGUCAGAUGAGUGGCUUUUACGUAGGACUGGGAUCACGGAUUAAUUGUAAUAUAUUCUCAUAUGAUUAUUCUGGAUAUGGUGCAAGUUCUGGGAAACCAACAGAGAAGAACCUCUAUGCAGACAUAGAAGCUUCUUGACUUGCUCUUAGGACAAGAUAUGGCAUUCGCCCUGAAAAUGUGAUUAUAUAUGGCCAUAUAUAUAUAUAUGUGAUUAUAUAUGGCCAUAUAUAUAUAUAUGGCCAAAGUAUAGGGACAGUACCAUCUGUGGAUCUCGCUGCUUGGUAUGAGAGCUCUGCUGUUAUUCUUCAUUCUCCUUUGACCUCAGGAAUGUCAGUCGCUUUUCCUGAAACCAAGAAGACCUACUGUUUUGAUGCAUUCCCAAACAUCGACAAAAUCUCUAAGAUUACCUCUCCAGUAUUAAUAAUUCAUGGGACUGGAGAUGAAGUCAUUGACUUUUCACAUGACCUCGCAUUGUUUGAGCGUCGCCAAAGACCUGUGGAGCCUCUGUGGGUUGAAGGGGCAGGUCACAAUGAUGUGGAACUUUAUGGACAGUAUCUUGAAAGAUUGAAACAGUUUGUGUCACAGGAACUGGUAAAUUUGUAAAAUAUUCUGAAGAUUUGCAUACUGGGGUUUCUUUCUUGCUGAA